AUGAAGGAGGAAUGCUUAUCCAGCAGCAAGAACUUGAAUAGCAAAAGGAAACGGGAACAGCAGAAAAGUGCUACCAAAGAGAUAAGAAUGCGCAUUCGACCUGUUGUCUAUCAGUCGGUUAAUUCGCAGCCGUGCAAAAAUCAGCUGAAUGAUUCGAUUUCUUAUGAGAGUGAUAGAUAUACCGAAAACAACUUGAAAAUUGCCCCAAAAAAAGAAUGGUUUCAUGACAUUCGUUCAGGAUUGGCGCAACCACGAAGAAGGACGUGGCCCCAAGCUGUGUCACGAUGCGGAGGCAUUUGGAGUAAUAUGAAUGCGCAGCAGCGCGGUCCGUACAUUUCACAUGCCAAGAAGAUGUUAUACAUAUGUCAUCAGUUGGAGCAGCAAAUAUCCCAAGUAUAUGAGAAUCCAGAAUAUAUAGAAAUGUGCAAACAGUUACUUUAUCAUCUUAAGGAAAAUGAAGAGCUACAUUUACAAGAAAUGAAUAAGCUUCGAAAGGAACUGGAGGCUCAGGAUGUUGUAUACCAUAAGUUGGAGCAAGAUGUCUUCCGCGUUUGUGAAAAUUCUGAUUACAUUCAAAUGCGACAGCAAUUACAAGACACCAUUAAAUGCCAAGAAGAAAUUCAUUUACGAGAGAUAAAUGAGAUGUGCCAGAAGCUGGAUCUUGGAGACAACAUAUGCUUGCAGAAGGAGCGGCAAAUAAAGGUUCUCGAGGAGCGUCUGGAAUUGAGUGUCAUCUCUUUGGUGAUCCUUGAGUUCGAGAAUGUUUGCUCAGAAAUCCAGAAUAUAUUCAAUAUUGUGCAGUACUUGCGUGGCUGCCAAGUCACUGAUAAUCCUAAUGAUCCCUUGAACGUGUUCACCAGCACCGAACUAAUGACUGUGGUCAAAGGCUGCUUCCGCUAUUUGGCCAGCGUCUCGGAUAUACAAGAUACAGAGAUUCUUGUACAUGAUAUUCAAUAUCUGCUCUAUAUCCUCAAGAAGGAAGUGAUGGAGAUAGCCGAUUUGAAAAGCACUGGCAUUAAUAAGAGUAGUGUUACUAACGCCGUCUUCACUAAUGACUUUUAAGAAUAUCAUUUGGGCAUCUCUUGUCAGUACCACGAAGAUAAUGAUCGUUCCAGGUAUUGUGCACAUUCCUUGGUCUCCCGUUGGGCCUUUAUCUUUAGCGAUUAUAUGUGUGGCAAUCUUGCCAUCAAUCCAAUACCCGGCAAACAUUUGCCACCGAAGGAAGAGCGAAAGUUCCAGGUAAUAAGGGAUCAACCUGAAGCUGAUAUCACAAGCUCUUCUUUUGUCCCGUGUCAAUCGUCAGAGAAGCUGGAGAAUAAGAACAAGUACUCCCCGACCGUUUUUCGUUGUCUGCAAAUAAGUGUCUCUCGCUCGACUCUUUACGAAAAGACUCAGAGCGAAACCCUUUUUUAG